UUUGCUUGGAGCAGGCCACGAAGACAAACAUGUAACAUGUAAAACCAGAAAAAGUUGUGGACUUGCUUUGAGGUCCCCCAACCUAAACACAAGAAAGUGAACUGUAUUCUCCAAAUAUACACACAAUUAAUUAUACCAUGCAGCUCAGUUAACUGCUACAUUGAAUCAAGAAACACAAGCGCAAUGGAUCUCUCUCCACCGACACAAGAGGAAGAGAAGAAUGAACAGCCACAACAAGAGAGCAGUCAUAGUCUGUCAGCUGAACACACAACUACUCCACCACUAAUUGUGAGUACUCCACGCUCUAUAAGAGAGCAACAUAUCACUGAAAUUGCCUCUAAUGAUACUCUACAACUAAUUGUUAGUAUCCCGAGAAUACAUCAUCGAGCUGCAGAGUCGGAGAAAAAUGUGAGUGUUCCUUAUCCUCUAAAAGAAGAACGUGAACUAUCCAAACAAUCUCACUCUGAUAUCAACUCCCCACUAGCUAGGAAACGGUUGUCUACUAGCGAAACGUUCCAACCUAGCUCCACUCUGCAGUGUCCUAGUAGUCCUUCAGAUAAUCCACCAGCUAAAAGGGUUCACCACGACAGCCCUCAACAAUUGGCAGGUAGCUCACGUCAGUUCGAGAGUGAUGAUAGUGACAGCUCACAGCAAUCUGACGGUGAAAAUAGUGAGAUUGAUGAUGACACAAGCCAACAAAAUUUGAUAGCAACUUCUAGUCAAGUUAGCGAACAAUCUUCAAACUUCAACAAAAAGUACGAAGAACUUAUUACAGUCAGUUCAAAAUGGUAUGACUUAGGCCUUGCACUUGGCCUUGAUAGCAAUACUCUUGACGACAUUGAAGAUAACAACAGGAAAAAUCAAACACGUUUAAGAGAAACCCUGAGCAAACGAAAUAUUAUCGGAACGUUAUCAUGGAUAGAAAUUAUAGAAGCUUUAAGACAACCUACUGUUGGAAAGAACACCUUGGCAGAUAAAUUGCAGCGAAAGUAUAUUCCACCAGCUAGUGACCAAUUUUUAGAUUUCAACAAAAUAUACGAAACACUUUUCGAAGCGCGUGCAAACUGGUACAACCUAGGCCUAGUUCUGGGCCUUGAUACAGGUACCCUCGAUAGCAUAAAACACAAUAAUAAAGAUGUUUGUGAAGGUUGUUUGAGGGAAGUCCUAAAACAACGAGACAAUACCACCAAAUUAACUUGGACAGAAAUUAUAAAAGCUUUAAGACAACCUACUGUUAGAAAACACCAGCUGGCUAAUAAAAUUCAGACCAAGUUUGCGCCAGAAAGUAUGCCAGAAUGUGUUGUGAGGUACGCCAGCUUCCUCAAACACAAAUACAAGCAGAUGACACCUUUUCCAGACGAUUGGCCACCACCACUGAAAGAGAAGUUUUCGAAACUAGCUCUAAUUGAGAGAAAGAAACAGAUUCGCUUAACUCAAACUAAAUACCAACCAUCAAUUGAAUAUGAUUACGCUACUGGUAAUGUGGACAAUAUUGUUGAGAGAAAAAUAGCGAUUACGCUUGAGCAUACUUUCGAACCUUUAAGUGGCUAUUCCGAAAUAGCUGAACCAAACAGGUACAUUGUUGUAAUGGACGGAGCGCCAGGAGUAGGCAAAACCACACUCAGCAGGAAGAUAUGUAGUGAUUGGGCACAAGGGAAGCUCAUCAAGGACCACCACAUUGUUAUCCUCAAACCACUAAGGGAACUAAAAGGUCACACAGCUACCUCACUCAAUGACAUACUAAAUUCUGAUGAACUUGUAGUAGAGGAAAUUGUGAAGCACAUAAAGAGCACGUUUGGCUCUGGAGUCAUGUUCAUCUUUGAUGGUUUUGAUGAGCUCAGCAGUAAGCAACGAGCUGAUAAGAAUACUCUUUUCUGGGAUAUUAUUCGAGGGAAUCGCCUACACAACUGUUCUGUGCUAGUUACUUCACGCUCAUGCGCCUCAGGCCCAUUACUGGAAAUCAAUCGUGUCAAUCGACAUGUUGAAGUAUUAGGAUUCAAGAAAAAGGAUAUUGAACAUUGUAUUAAGCAAAACGUUACAGACAAGAGAAAAGCAGAGAAGCUAAUACAGAUGCUGAAAGAGAGGUUGGAUAUUGUCUCCCUAUGCUAUAUCCCUCUAAACUGCAGGAUUGUACUGUAUGUCUACCAGCAACAAGAUACCUUACCCGACACACUCACACAACUCUAUGAGGUAUUCAUUCUGUACACAGUCAAACACUACAAGAACAAAAUAUUUCAAGAACGAGAGCAUGAAAUUGACAAUGAAGAGAUAGAACAUGCUAAUACUAUAAAGAAAUUGCCACAUCAAGUUAUCAAAUGUCUAGACUGCCUAUCAGAAACUGCAUUCACAGGAAUGACUCAAGACAAACUGGUCUUUAAACAUACAGAAGUCACCAAAGAAAGAGGUGCUUUGUCACUGGGACUGCUAAACCUAAUAAAAUGUACUGGAGUAUUGGAGGCUCAUUAUUAUCAAUUCCUUCAUUUAACCAUUCAAGAGUUUCUGGCUGCCAGACAUCUCGCACUAACAAAGAGCAACAAAGACAAACUAGAGUUUAUUACGUCAAAACUUGGUGAUGAUACCGGUAGAAUGACUUUACUCUUUCUCUCUGGACUGACUCAACUUGAUUUUCUUCCCAUUGAACAAGCCUUCCCAGCUUCGAUAUCUAUAGACACUGGUGUGGAACAUAAAUACAAAAACAAAACAAUACCUCUGCGAAAACAAGAGAGAUCUCACUUUUUGUUCUUAGCCCAUCUUCUAUACGAAAGCCGUCAAACAACAUACAACUGGCUCUUGCCCUGUCUGGUGACCAAUUCACUCAACUUGUCAGGGCACAAUCUCUCUCAGUUUGACUGCCUUGUCUUGGCCAACUUUCUCGCCCUAACUCCCAAAGAUCACGUGUGGGAUGAGAUAAACUUGUCCCAAUGCAGUCUUAGUAUCGAUGGAAUAAAACUAUUACUGUCUAAGAAACAUUCACAAAGAGACAUUCCAGUAUUGUGCCUAACCAAACACUUAGAUGCUACUUCUAACGCGGUUGGUGCUGAGGAUUUAUUGGUGACAUUUCUUACUCAGAGAGGACGAGGGGAUUUGGUUGGCAACCUCAGAACAACACUCAGUCCAAGAUCACCAUUUAUCAUUUCAAUUCAACCCAAUGAUGUUUGCUGUAAACCUGGGGAGGAAGUUGAGUUUACGAUAUCGACAGCACCAUCUGCAACUACCUAUCAGUGGUAUUUUAAAAAUCAAGCAAUAUCAUUUCCUGACUAUGAAGGACAAACAUCUGAACGCCUCCUGAUAUCAAAAUUCUUUCCUAAGCAUAAAGGUGCUUACUGGUGUGUUGCUGGAGAUGGAUCAGGCACACAGAUCACCUCACGUCAUGCAGUACUCACUGCAGAUGGAGAAAAAAUUGAAAAGCAAGAAUUGAAAUUUAUAGGGAAAAUUCUGGAAAAAUCUGCAAUUGACUUUGGAAAGUACGGACUCAAUGGCGAGAGGGAUGUUACUUACAAAGAGAUGGAGUUUGUAAUGAAUUUAAAUCCAAGGACACAAGUGUUGUCCAUCAACCUAAAGCAGGAAAUCACAUCAAGACUGAAAGAGGAGCAACUCUAUGCCAAAGCCAUAAAAGAUAAGGUCUCCCUUACCUACACCAAAAUUCUUGCCCUGGGCCCUGGCCAGGUUGGAAAGUCUACUUUUCUUCGUAGAUUGUUAGGAAUUAUGGAAGGAAACAUCCUAACAUCUUCUCCAGAAACACAGCCUCUAUCUAGUACAGGUAUUUCGGAGAUGAGAGAAGCCUGUAUACAGUAUACAAGAGUAACUGGUGCUAUAAAUAAUAAAAGAAAGUGGUGUGUUUUGCAACAUGAGCUACACAAUCAACUAAGUGGCUUAAUGUCUUUAAUAGUUAAGCAAUAUCAGCAAGGCCCACGCCAUGAAACUACCGAAACUAUUCAAUCACAUAAAAAUAAUAGGCAAACAGCAAGCACGAUUGAAACUGCAGUUAAAGCAUCACUGGUUGAUGAUCCUGAUCUUCAAGUAAGCAAUGACGAUCAAGCAUAUGCAUUAUCCCCUAGUAAUAAGAGCACAGGAAUUCAAACUUUGGAAUCUUUGCCAGUUACUAUUCAAGAGCCAAUUGCUACCAGACAGAGUGCAUUGAUAGAUAUUGAUAAAUCAAUCAGAGAAUUUGAAGAACUAAAACGUGAAUGCAGUCAUAGACUAGAUACAAUGGAAUUUGAAAUGCUAUUUAAUGUAGCUGAUGUUGGUGGCCAACCAGCAUUUCUAGAAAUGCUACCAUCCUUAACUAUAGGACCAGCUCUAUACCUUGUAUUUAUGAAUCUUAAGCAAGAGCUAGGUUCAAGAUAUCCUGUGCCGUUUAAAUGCAAGGAUCGAACAACAAAUAUUUGUAAAAAUUACUCUUAUACUUCUGAAGAAGUAUUAUUUUCUGCACUUUCAAGCAUAGCUUGCUUUGGACACCCAGAUGAGCAAGUGGAAACGUACGUUCAGAAACCAGAAUCAGGUGACAAAGAGCGGAAAGAUUCUCUUGCGGUGCUUGUGGGAACGUUUCUUGACGAAGUUAAUGACAAAGAUAUAGAUUUAUCUAACGAGCAGAUAAUGAAACGACUUGAAGACACAGCAUUUUAUAAAGAAGGACUCAUUCUCAGCAAUAGCUUCAGUUUAUUAGUUAACAACAUGAGUGCCGAUGACAGUGAAAUAGAUAAUCACAGAAAGAAGCUAGAAGGAAUACUCACUGCAAAAUUUCGAAAGUAUCAAAUUCCAGCGCAAUGGUUAAUGCUCAGCAUCUGUCUUAAGCUUCUUGCUGGAAAUCAAAACAAGUAUCAUGUUUCCUUUCAGAAUUGUGCCAAGUUGGGAAAGCAUUUCGACAUGGACGAAAACAUGGUAAGCGUCGCCUUGCAAUUUCUCCACAAAUACAUUGGGCUUGUUAUGUAUUUUCCUCAUCACGAAAACCUUAAGAAAAUCGUAAUAUGUGAUCCCCAAGUAGUAUUUUCAACUAUCAGUGAACUAAUCUUUAAUGUUUACGAUCACAACAAGCUUCAAGUUAGUGAAGCACAGUAUGACCGCUUUGUCGAAACUGGUUGCUUUUCCCCUCAAGAUGUCACUCUAAUAAAUAAUACAGAUCUACCAAUCAAAAAAGAUAAGAAGGAACUUCUUUCUAUUACCACUUUAGUUGAUCUACUAGCGUACCUAAACAUUGCUGCUAAAGUUCCUGUAUCUUCUGGUAAGGAAGAAGUAUUGUACUUUCUACCUGCGGUUCUUCAAACUGCCGAAACAGAUGUUGUUAAAAGAAGCCAGAAAAGAGAAAAUGAUGAAUUGCUUCCAGAACCAAUCUGCAUUCGAUUCAAAACGGGGUAUAUACCUCUAGGAUUUGUGUGUGCUUUAGUUGCAAAUCUUACCGUUGAAAAAGAAUUCAAUCUACUAGUAAAGGAUGAAAGCAACAAGCUCUAUAAGAAUAUGAUUCAAUUUCGAUUCCGGGGUAUAUUCAAUGUCACUGUAGUUUCUUUGUCACGGUAUUGUGAGUUUCGUGUCACUAGGCAGCUCCUAGAUAAUGAUGUCACUCAGUUUUGGAAUGAGGACAGUUGUCCUCGUAUUAUGGAAAAUGUACGUAGAGUUUCCAAUAAGGUUAUUCACUCUUUGCAGCAUGGCUUACGUUCAGUAGCUAAGGACUCCAUAAUCUAUGAAUUUGCUUUCCAUUGCCCAAGACACUCGAACGCAGACUUUGGACAGGAACCUCUCGCUGAACUUGUUUAUGACUAUUCUGAUCAACAGAUUGACAAAAUUAUUCCGGAUAAGGCUAUAUGCACAAAAUGUAAAACUGCUAUUCAUCCACUAACUCCUGAAAUGAUGUUUUGGUUUGGUAAGAAACCAAGCACUCCUCUAAAAAUUUACGAACAAACUUCUUUGACAAGAAUAUCCUAAGCAUACGUGCUGAUGGAGUACAACCGCUAACAUAUGAAUGGCUUUUAGGUGGGAUAAAGGUCUGUGAUGGUGACGAUCAAGACUAUGAGGGCUAUGCAACAAAUGAACUUACCAUUAAGGACAACGAUUUAUUGUCGGAAGGUGUUUUCAAAUGCCUAGUGAAAGAUAAAUUUGGCAAGUGUGUUGAAUCUGAUGAGCUUGAUCUCUUCGAAGAUAAGCUCAGAAGAACUUGGAAAUUAAAACAAUCAGAAAUCAAUAUAUUAAAGAAAAAUGGAUUUACAAGUAUUAGAGAACUGAAACAUCUCCAGCUUGACAUGCUGGACUUUAACAUGGGUGAGAAGGAAAGGAUGAAACCACUCCUUGCUUCUGUUCAGACAAAAUCUGACAGUUAUUCAGAUGUGUUGUCAUCAGAAAGGCUCCAAUACUCAGCAGCUCCAGUCCAAACAGUAGGAACUCAAAUAUCAUUAUCAGCUAGUGAUGACAGUCAAGUCCGCACUAGAAUAG